UGGGCCUUAGUAAGGGAGGAAGGGGGGCUGGCCAUAUAAAAACUGACAGAACACAAGUGGUGCUUUAUCCACCCUUUCCCACUCGGGGUAAGAGGAAACCCAAAACUCUUCUGGCUCAAACCAGCGUUGCCCUUUUUUCUUUUUCCCUCUCCUUUCUCUCACACCCAUUGGACGCGUGUGCGCGCUCUCAGGACAAGAAUAGCAGCAUCAUCUGCACAGACAACAAGCGGUCCCAGCAAAAUGUCGCCUUUUGCUUUGCUUCUCAUCGCCACGCUUUUAAAUGGAGUAUUGAUGCAGGAUGAAGUCCCCACAAUUAUAUCACUGCAGGCCCAUGAAGAUGGUUUUGUACGUGGAGACAUGGUUCUGCCAACUGAUGCCCCUGAGAACACAGAUGAUGCAGAAGGUCAAGUUGUGGUUUACCCCACUGCGAUAAUCCAAGACCUUUCUGAACAAACAACAGCGGAGGCAGAAGAAAACAACAACAGUGGCCCUACAACUGAGGAAGCAACAGUUGAAAGAACCAGCUCAGCAGAAAAGGUUCAGACUGAGCGGACUCCCGUGAACCCGGAAACACCGGCGCCUGUUCCUCCCAGAGGUGAUGGAGCGAUCGUUAUCCCAAAGCCAGCGCCUGAGGGACGCGUUUCCUGUGUGACCAAAGACGCUGUGGAAGGAAAAAACGCUGUCAGCCUGAAAGUCAAGACGCCCUCCAGCUGCGGAGAAACAUUAAGAAAAAUUGAGGAUGUUAUCGACAACUUGUGUGAUGGAGACUGCAAACUGGAAAUCUAUCAGGAAGUCAACACGGAUGAAGUCCUGAUAUCUGGGAAAAAUGUUGAAGAUGAUCUCACAGGGAUGGUCAACAAGUUCAACAAUGACAACGUAAAGGAUAAAAUUGAUGUUGAGCAGGCUGUUCCUCGUUGGGGAAAGAACUCCAAGCUGGUGCUGGUUUCGCUGCUGUUGACUGGAUUGUUGCUGGCAGCUCUGCUAGUAGCUGGCUAUUACUUCAAGACACAUCACAAAAACUCCAAAGGAGUGAGACUGGCCGAGUCAUUCCAGGUAGAUGAGGAGAACCAGGCCAACACCCUGGUUUCGGUGGCCCCUUUACCCCAGGAGCCCCUCGACAAGCCCACUGUCAAUGGAGAGGCUCCACCGGAAAACGGGACCAACUCGGCCCCCACCACUAAUGGACACUCUGCCACCCAGACCCCAGUGGCUGACACAGAGAUGUGAACCAGAGCACCCUCGACCAGCUGUUCUACCCAUCAUCCAUUAACCCCUCUGUUUCCUCUGAGUCAAAUUCACCCAGAAUCUGUCACAACCCUUAGAAUUCCACUCUGCACCUCCUCCUCAAAUUGCACCACUUUGGAUGACGAAGAUAAUGACGACAAUGAAGCAAAUGAUGAAGAGAUAUAGGGACAGUGUUUGUAAUGUGAAGAUUGGCAACUAUUGCUGGUGUCAAGAAGAACCCGCUUAUGCUGACUGACUGACUGACUGACUGUUCUGACAUCAGUCUUAUUAUGAAAAUAUCUGUAGAACCAUAAAAUAAUGCCAAAUGUUGGUCCCUGACUAAUAAGCACAAAAUGCUUUAUUGCUUUAAUUUGCAUUUGUGCAGCAGUGAAACCAAGGAAGGAAAACCGUUUAGACAUUUUGAGAUGUUUUUAAAGCGACUGUAACUUAUUGCUUUAUGGGGUUAUUGCUUUAACAUACUGUCCUUAAUGAAUGAAAAACAUUCAGAAAGUUUAAGUUUGCUGGAUGUCAUUAAGAAAUAUGUCAUGCCAUGGCGGGAAUUCUUCCCAGGAACCUAAGAUCAGCUGACAUGAUAAUAACAGGGAAAUAUUUGAAUGGAAAAUAACAAGCAUGGCCUUUGGUUUCUGUUGAGAAAUGCAAUGAUGCUACCAACCUUUUAGAAAUGUGUACGUUUCCACAAAAAACACAAAACCGUUGUGUGUAGACUUUCAGCCUACUGAACAACACAAACCUCUGUAACUGACCUCUGUUCAUAGUUCAAUGGGACUAGGUUCAAAUUGUAUUUUUAUUUUGUGUCUGUGGUGGGAUUGUCAUUAUUGUACAGUUUUGUUUCAACAAAUGCUACUUGUUCCUACCAUACUAUCGUUUUAGGGAAUGGUGAAGACUAGCAACUUGCUUAAAAUCAGACGAAGUUGCAAGGAAGCAGAGAAAAUCACUGCUGGGAGUUUCUUUGUGGCGUACACCAGAUUCAGCAUUCCCUUUUUUUUUUCUUUUGCAUUUACUUAUGUACUGCAUGUGUAAAUAUGCUUGUUUUUUUCAUUUAUAAACUGUGAUUGUUGACAAAAUGUUUCAAAGUUGUGUUCAGGUUGUGUUGCUUUGAUUACAUUUCAUACAUCCAAAUUCCAACAAAGUUUAUUUAAAAGCUUCACAUAAAUACAUUUAGAAUGGUAACAUACAUACAGAGCUUUGCCUCUAAGGGACUGAUAAGGGCUCGGUUUGAGAAAAAACUCAGGCUGAAUCAAGUUGCAGAUAAUUGUGAUGAUGUAAUUGUUAUAAUGAUUGACAAAUUUAGUAACUCCCAUCACUGUCUACAUUAUACACCUGGAAAAGGAGUCAUUAGGGAUGCACUUACCCAAAUAAACAAAGUGUUGACUAUCAGACAGCUCCCUCUUAUCUCUGUCCUAUGUUCCGCAGCAAGUCAUGCAAAGUUAUGUGCAUAAAAAUGCAAACUACACUGAGGGGCAAAUCCAUUAGUAAAAUGUGAAGUCAGUAGAAAAGGGAAAGUGAGGUCAGAAAAGUAGAGAUUAAAUAUGGAACAACUCCUGAGUCACAUACAUUGUACCAGAGAGAGUUCAAGUAUACAGUUCAAUAUUGAGUCACACUCUGUCACAGUGUUUAAUUACCACUCAUGAUAGUUUGAGAUCGAAUCCCUUUAGAUUAAAGCCAUAAAACUUUUCAUAAGCACAAAAAAAAAAAGGU